GGCGGCGGCGGCUGCUGCUGCCACCGCCAGGUGGGCCAGAGGAGGCACUUGGACCGCGCAGCAGCAUCGCGGCGGCCGGGCUGGGAGGAGGCGCCUGCCUGCCUGCCUUCCUUCCUUCCUUCAGGCAGCUGCUUCUUAGCAGUGGAGGCCGGAGCGAGGCCGGGGGGACUGGGAGGCGCUUGGGGUGCCCGCUGCACUCACUGGCGGCUGCUCUCCUAGCUAGAGACAGAAGGCGACUCAGGGCGCCCCGGCGCGGCGCCACUCGCUCCCAGGGCCAGUCGCAGCCGGCGGCCGCCCCGCCCCGAGCACGAGGCCCCGCCCCCAGGGAAGGUGGCUCGCGCCGGCUGUCCUCCCUGAGCCGCCGCGGGGCAUUGUGGGGCUGCAAGAUGGCGGCGCUCAGCGGCGUCCGGGCACUGGGCCUCCUUCGCCCCGGCUGCGCGGGAUGGAGAAGCCUCGUCGCCCCCUCGGCGGCGGCUCUGCAGGGGCGCGCCCAGGUGGAGAGCCCCAAGUCCGAGGGGGUCUUCCAGGUCACCAUGUUGCCAGGGGAUGGCGUGGGCCCGGAGCUCAUGCACUCGGUCAAGGAAGUGUUCAAGGCUGCGGGGGUCCCUGUGCAGUUUGAAGAGCACCAUCUGAGUGAGGUGCAGAACAUGGCUUCGGAGGAGAAGCUGGACGAGGUCCUCCACUCCAUGAAAAAGAGCAAAGUGGCCCUCAUAGGAAAGAUCCACACCCCCAUGGAGUACAAAGGAGAGCUGGCUUCCUACGACAUGCGGCUCAGGCGCAAGCUGGACCUCUUUGCCAACGUGGUCCAUGUGAGCAGCCUGCCCGGCUACAAGACGCGGCACAACAACCUGGACCUGGUGAUCAUCCGGGAGCAGACGGAGGGAGAGUACAGCUCCCUGGAGCACGAGAGUGCGAAGGGCGUCAUCGAGUGCCUGAAGAUCAUCACCCGAGCAAAGUCGCAGCGCAUAGCCAAGUUUGCCUUUGACUACGCCACCAAGAAGGGGCGCUCCAAGGUCACCGCGGUGCACAAAGCCAACAUCAUGAAACUGGGGGAUGGCCUCUUCCUGCGCUGCUGCGAAGAGGUGGCUGAGCUGUACCCCAAGAUCAAGUUUGACACCAUGAUCAUAGACAACUGCUGCAUGCAGCUGGUGCAGAACCCCUACCAGUUUGAUGUCCUGGUGAUGCCCAACUUAUAUGGCAACAUCAUUGACAACUUGGCAGCUGGCCUGGUGGGUGGGGCUGGCGUGGUCCCCGGAGAGAGCUACAGCGCCGAGUAUGCUGUGUUUGAGAUGGGUGCCCGUCACCCCUUUGCCCAAGCCGUGGGGAGGAAUAUUGCCAACCCCACUGCCAUGUUGCUCUCGUCUGCCAACAUGCUGCGACACCUCAACUUGGAAUAUCACUCCACCAUGAUCUCUGAUGCUGUCAAGAAGGUGAUCAAAGUUGGCAAAGUCCGGACCCAGGACAUGGGUGGCUACUCCACGACCUCUGACUUCGUCAAGUCUGUGAUUGAGCACCUGCACCCCCACUAUGGGGUCUAAGGCUGCAGUCCCCUCCAGGCCCCCACGCCUGCCGCACACGCUCCAUGGACCCUCCUUGGCUGCUUGUGAGGGUGGACUCUGCAGCCCAUGGCUGGCCAGCCCCUCCCUCCCCCCCCCGGGGGGCUGUGUGGCCUGGGCACUCUUGGCCUGGGGGCGCUUUGGUGCUUCGUGGUGAGAGAUGCCAGCACUUGGAGCCGGAGAAGGGCCACUGUGGGCGCCUCCCCAGGCUUGCCGGCCAGCUUCCCUCUGCAGGUCACCUGCAGCCCUCGGUCCCCCCACCCCAAGCCUCCAGACGGGCCUCAGUGGCUGGGCCCGCUCCUGGCCCUGCCUGUCCAUCUCCUCCCCUCUUCUGCAGCUGUUUUCGGGGGGGGGGCAAGGUGUUACAUGCGCCAUCUUGCCCAUGAAGCAGAGGCUGGUUGGUGCUGCCCUCGGGCCCCAGUUAGGGUGGGGGUGUUGCUGCACAGAUCUUGUGGCAGUAAUUUAUUUUUAUUUUUUGCAGAGCUGAGCUCUGCAGGCAGUUUUGUGCCCUUCUGGGGGGAGGGGUCUGCCCUCCCUCUGUGAGCAGGAUGCUUGGGCGGGGGGGGGGGAGCUUCCUUGCUCCCUUCUGUAAGGGAGAGAGGUGGCAUUUACUAUUUAGAUGGGGGUGUCUGCUGGGCAGGGUCACUGUUCUAAGCUGAUUAGUAGAGAGAAGCAGCCUCUGUCAUCCUCACCCGUCGUCGGAGCAAAGGCCCAGAACCAAUGCCAGGAACGCCCUUUGGCAAGCAGAAGCUGGCCUGUGGAAAUGCAGGCCACGUCUCCUUGUAGGAGUCUGGCUGUGAGGUGGGGUGCAUGUCUGGGACUCUUCCUGGAAUUUGAAUCAUGUUGGAUCCAAGCAGUAGAGGCUGCCGGCUGCUUGCUGUAGGGGGCCUGGAACGGGGCAGGGAACCGUAUGUACUCCUCGUGCUUCGUACAAAUUGUGAAUAAACGUGUUCUGCAACGA